GUCAUUCAUUCGUUUAUUACUUACUUCAUUCAUCAUUGAUCUGUGUGAUAUUCUCGCUCGUGUGAAGUGAAUUUGCAAAAUAAUAUCUACGAUGGAUUAAAAUACUUGGAAAUUACAUAUUGCAUAGUGAUAUUUUUUUUUGACUUUUCGUGAGCUAUCGAUAUGGAGACUACAUUGGAUGCGUCCUUGGUGGCGCAGUCCAUCAACUAUCAUGGUCAACAAUUGCAAAAGACGUGGGAAGCAGAGAGAGGAGAAGAUGAUUUAGCUAAGAUGGGCGUGGGUGGACUGGAUUUCGCAGUAUACCAGUCACGGCACAAGCACCUGACAUUCCAGGACCGUGGAAAGCGGUUAAAACUCCACCAAUUCAUUGCUAAAGAAGCUAAUGCUUUAUUCGACUCUUCGGUCCAAGAAGAAGCACCGUCUUCGUCGAGCUUAGGAGCUGAUGCACCUACACCGGAAGAUAAUUUGUUUGCACUGAUGCCACCGUUUGAAACAUUUUUGAAUGUCGACAAAUCUGCAAGACUUAGGCAUUUCUUUGAUAAUGUGAGGACAGGGGAGCUAAUCAUAGGAGCUGUGAUCAACCGAACAGCGUCGGGAAUGAUGUUGAAGGUUCUAUGCACAGCCGGACCAACUUCCAGAUAUGUUGCAGAUAUUAAUGUGAAGGCAUUUUUACCGGUUUCGAAUAUCAUACCAGCAGUGGACAAGAAAAAUGUGUCAAGAAACUACCUCAUGAAUGACACUGUGUGCUGUGAAGUGAUUGAAGUGAUCCCCGAUACGGACAAAAUGGUCUGCGGCAUGAAAGGAGUCACUCGGGGCCCCGAUGAUCCUCCACCCAAACCCCCGCUAGGACUACUCAGCACAGAUGACUUUCCACUGGUCUACAAGAAAACAGUGGAUAUGAAGGGAGAGAGUUAUGAAGGCAUUUUGGAGAAGAGUCCAGGCUUCAAUAACCCCAACUGCGUCCAAUAUCUCUCAGAACUACUAGGCAUCUCCAAUAUGCACUGCACCAAUUUUGCAUCAUUGAGGGGAGGAUUUGCUAGUACGGAAUACGCUGACGAACUUCGCCAGGCCCAAGCCAGCAAGUGGGCGUUCCGCUCGGUCGCUGAAGGCAUUGAGCAUUUCAAGGCAGGACGCCACUCUGAAGCGUUCCAGUGCCUCAACAAAGCAUUGAGCAUAGAUCCCAGAAACGUCGAGGGCUUAGUCGCAAGAGGAGCACUAUAUGCUAACAGUGGAACUUUCAAAAAAGCCAUAGAAGAUUUCGAAACGUCUUUGAAAUUGAAUCCAAACCACGCAAAUGCUAGGAAAUAUUUGGGCGAGACUCUGGUUGCACUUGGACGCAGUUACGAGGAUGAGAACAAAAUUACUGAAGCGCAAAAGGCCUACGAAGACUGCUUAGCGAUUAUACCGUUCCAUGAGGAGGCACAGAACUCACUAGACUUUUUGAAGAGUAAGACUUCGACAACCAAGCCUCUAAUUGAGCCAGCGGAAUUAUUACUUCCUGGUUUGACUGGCGCUAAGUCUUUCGAGAUGAAGGAGACUUUAAAACAGCUUUUGAAUUUGACUGAGAAGAAAGAUAAGAAAAAGAAGAAGAAGCGUGGGAAAGGGAAGAAAAAGCGAUCAAGCAGCUCGUCGUCAUCUUCCAGUGACUCUUCAAGCUCUAGUUCGUCUUCUGAGUCUUCGUCAUCGUCAUCAGAUUCAAGUGAUUCAGAAGGCCCGAACCGCAAGAAGAAGCGUCGCUCGCAGUCGAACAACAAGCGUCAGCGGUCACUCUCGCCGCUCAGCAAGCGGAUGGCGAUGCUGGGCGACGCUGACUCCGCGUCUCGCACUCACAACUCGCAGUUCAACCAUCCGUACGGCUACCAGCCUCCCCCGCCGCCCGUCGAGGAGGCUAACCCGGCGCCUAUGAGGUCGCAAGCCGAUAUCGAUUAUGAAUUAAAGGUGCGCAAAUUCCUGGAGAUGACGAAAGAGGACUCGGACUACGAGGACAAGGUGCGCAACUUCCUAGAAGAGACGGCUCAGUACAAGCGCAACCGCAAGAUGCAGGAGUUGGGGCAGCAGCCGCAGCCGGGGCCUGACCACGACAAGAAGAAAAAGAAGAAGAAAGACAAAAAGAAGAAGAAGGAAUCGAAGCGCAAACGCAAAGAGCAGGAACGCGAAGACAAGCGCAAGGCGAAGUUGGCGCGCAACAACGAGUACAGCCUCCGCGACCUCGAGAACAUUAGCGAUAAGAAACUGAGAGAUGCCAUCAGAAAAGAACUAAAGGGAAAAGCAAAGAGAGACCUCAGUUCCGAUGGCGAAUAUGACAGAAAACAUGAUAAGAGGAUAAUGGAGGAGAUGCAAGGGCUGGAGGAGCUGGAGUCGAAGCUGAGCGCGUACCACGUGAUGGUGGAGAAGGAGGUGCUGGGCAAGCGCGAGCGCGGCUCACUGAGUCCGCUGGACCAGGCGCCGCCGCCGCCGCUAGAGAAGCCCAAGUGGAAGAUGUCCAUGAGCGCUGUCAAGGACUCAGUGAAGAAAAAGGAAGCUCCAAAGAGUUACAAAGAACGCUACGCCUUCGAGGACAGUUCCGACGACUCUCAGGAACAAAGCAAGCCCGUCGGCGAUAAGAACGUAUCAGUGCGUCGUGCUAUGGCGAUGAAGGAACCGGCGCCGUUGUCUUCUAGCAACAGCAAGAGGGAGCCCGACCCGCCGGGCACGGAGCCCCCGCACCCGCCGGUCCGCAAAGGCAACGUGGUGCUGGACAAGUUCGGGUCAUUCCGGUUGGCGCAAGAGGGCGAGACGCCGGUGUCGGUGGGCGAGGGCCGGCCGGAGCAGUUCGUGACGCGCAUCAAGCCGCCCACGCCCGCCGCCCGCCGCCCCCGCUCGCCGCCCGAGCCCCGCCGCCGCUCCUCCAACUCCAGCGACGACGACCGCCGCGAGAACAAGCGCUCCAGGAGCAGGUCGCGGCCGCGCAAGUACCGAUCCCGCUCGGGCUCGCGCUCGCGCUCGUCCAGCGGCAGCCGGUCGGCCGCCUCGCGCCGUCGCCGCUCCGCCUCCGUGCGCUCCGUGCGCUCGCGCUCGCGCUCCGACGCCAGCCGCUCCUACUACAGCCGCAGCCGCUCCCGCUCCGGAGACAGAUUCCGGCGCACAUUCAACCGCCGCGGCAACUGGCGCGGUCGGGGCGGAUUUGAACGGGGGACUUACUAUCGGCCACGAUUCCACACGUACAAUGGUGGCGGCCGCGGACGAGGUCGUGGACAGGGUGACUUCAGGAGGGAUGAUGGCAGAAGAUUCAACCCCGAGUGGAGGGAUAGGGGUCAGAGGGGCGGCAGACCCUUCAGACCUAGGAGAGGCGGUGGGGGAAGAGGAAGACCUUUCAGGGGCGGCGGAUUCCGCGACUUCCGCGACCGCCGCGGCGGGCGCUACUCGCGCUCGCGAUCGCCCGACCGCACGCGUCGCUCGCGCUCCUACAGCCCCGAGCGCAGGGACAAGGACAGCAGGGAUAGCUACUCCAGGUACUCUGCAGAACGUGACAGCCACCGCAGCGAAGGAGAGUAUGAAGAAGAGAGAUACGUGGAUCGCAAGGAGUACGAUGGAAAGUGGGCUGACGGCAACGAGCAACAGGAACGACCACCGGCAGAAGAGAAGGCCCCAGAGGAACCCCCUAAAGAAUAAUCCUACUAAUAUUACAAGACAUAGAUUUAGUGGUUAGGGUGCUGCACGAGUUCAAUUCAAAUUCAUUCUCCGUAGAUGUAAAUAUUUUAAGUUACGAGUUAAUUUUGUGUUUUCAAUUCAAAAUGUAUUACAUUACAUUUAUUUUGCCAUAAGUUGUCAUGCUUCGUCUAUUAUUUUCUGAUACUAAGAGUAUGAUAUUUCAAUGUAAGCAUUUCCCACACAUUCCCAUUGUGUGGGUUUUGAUGGCUUAGUGCCACACCUUUAUUACGAAGUCAUUAAUUAUAUUAUAAUGUUCCUUAUAUUAUGUAAGGCACUAGAAAUAGGUAUUCAAAUAAAUGAAAUAUUAAUCA